UUCCGGUGGCUUUUUAAGACAAGCCAUAAGGCCUCUAAGCUCAGAAGCGAAACACGGACAAUCGAGAAAAUGGCGGCUGUAGUAACGCAACCAACUGACGGAAAGGGAGCUCCAAUGCAGAUGAUCGCACAGCCCCCUCCGACGGUAGUGAUGGCGCAGGGUUUACCCCCUGGCCUGGCAUAUCUUGGUGGUUUGCCUGAAAUUAAGGUUCACCAAAUAUUUGACAUGCUUGAAGUUGUUGUGGGCUGGGAGAGAAACAACCGUUAUUCCAUCUGCAACUCAGGUGAACAACAGUUUAUGUUCGCGAAGGAAGACACAGACUGCUGCAUGCGACAGAUGUGCGGACCGAUGCGAGAGUUCAACAUGAACAUCACUGACAACCAAGGUCAGCAACUUAUCUCCCUUUACCGCCCAUACCGAUGUCGUGGUAGUCUCCUCUGGUGCUGCUACCUGCAAGAGCUUGAGAUCCAGUCUCCCCCCGGCUUGACCAUCGGGACAGUCAAGGAGGUAUGGACAGCGUGGACACCAAAGUACCAAGUAUACGACAACAACAUGACGUUGAUGUUCACCAUCGUUGGGGACUGCUGCUACUGCAAGUGCUGUGCUGAUGUCAUGUUCCGAGUUCUCGAGGGAGAUGAAGGACAAGAGAUUGGACAGAUCGUCAAGCAUUGGGGAGGCUGCCGGGAGAUCUUUGGCGGAGUCAAUGACUUCAGUCUCAGAUUCCCACCCAACAUGGAUGUGUUGCCGAAGGCCAUUCUUCUGGGAGCCACCUUCCUCAUCGACUUCAACUACUUUGAACACCAAAAGAACUAGAUUUGAGGUUACCAUGGGAACAGUUGCCAAGGCUUCAGAAAGAGACAUUUUGCCAUGACAACAAAGCUUGGUUAUUUUAUUUUGCAUGAAAACGUCCAGCUGGCUUUUGUCAAGGCCUCAUUUUCCACCACCGCGGUGUACAUCCGGGAAGCACCGCACUGAUUUCUUCAAAAUAACCACAUUCAUUGCAAAGCUUCUUCAUAUAGUUAACAAUUUAAUGUGGUCAAGUAACAGCUGGUAUUUUACUCAGAUGAUCCUUACAGCCAAUCAUCAUAUAGGCACGUGCAUGCAAUCUUCACAAAUGUACAGAAAGGACAUAAAAAAUAUAUGUUUGGCAUCCAUGGGUACACAAAAUAAUAUUCGUUAUUACAAUUUGUUGACAAGAUAGUAGUUACUGUAAUUAAAGUAAUUAUUACAUCUUAAAAGCCUGAUUUACUUUGGCAUGUGUUUGUUAACAUUCUGGUGCCUCGUAAGGCUUGUAUACUCCUCAGUGAGUUGAGAAUGUAAUUCUAGUGCACCUUGAUUCACUGACUGGCUAUCAAUGCCAUAUACAGGGAUCUUCAGACAUAUCACAAAUGUUCAUCAAUAUUAUUUUGUAAUAUGCUUAGACCAAAUUAUGUGAUGACCAAAUCGUAUGGCACAUUAUUGUUUAAUAUCACAGUGCACUAAAUCUGCCUUAUCAAGCCUUUUUGCCAUUGGUCCAUCCAGUUUUGGUAAACAUGGAGCCGUUCAUCUAGCCAGGAACAAACUUUUAUUAACUGCUCCCUCCUAAUGAGAUCAUUGUAGAUAUUUUACAUAAUUUUACAAUGUUUUAUAUGUUAAUAUUUUUAUGAUUUCUUGUGACAUAAUAUUUCUUGUCUUAAUGAGUUCUGUAUGACCAGUUGUUUGUAUCAUAUUGAACUUGUAUUGCAGUUUAUUGUUGUAUAUUUUCAAUGACCAAGUUUGGUACGUUUUAAGAGUAUUUUUAAACUGUUGAUAAGUUUUAAUGACAUGUUAUUGUAACCAUUCCCUCAUUUACAGAGGGUUUCAUAAAGUUCUCCUUGUGUUCAUGUUAACUGUAUCUGAUCCAAAACUGCACAAGCUGAAUAGGUGUUAAUAUCUUCAGACGUUCAGAUGUCUAGCAGACAUGUUCAUAAAAAUAGGCAUAAUAGUUUUAAAUAGUAUGUUUGGCUUUUUAUCCAAUCUGGUGUCUACGCUGGGAAGUUGAGCGAACCAAUCACAACUCACUAUCGCUUCUUAAAUUAUCUAACCGUUUAAACUUGGCAACACAAUUCAUGCACAGGUACUCUGAAAGAGGUAGAAGGAGUUCUUUCAUACAUAUUUUUAAAGAGUGAUAUUGCAGGAAUAUUGCUAAAAACAGUGUAAAAUUAUACUCACUCACUCACUCUCAGUCAUUUGAAUGAGACCGUAAUAUUGUACCGUUGCACCAGUGCAAGUAACAAAGCACUAAAUCGAGCCCUGUAAAUGCAAAUCUUGAGUAAAAGAACAUGAAGGGAGGUGUAUUGGAUCUUGCCGUUUCAAAUCAUAGAGGAUAUUAUUUGAUUUGAUAUUGCAGCAAUAUUGCUAAAAGUGGCAUCAAACCACACUCACUAACUAACUCCCAUGCAGGUCAGUUACUGUAUUCAGUGGACAAGUCUUGCAAUAGAAGUAACUGGAUCCAAAUGAUAGUGGGCACAUUUACUUGACAGAUAAUGUCCAAGUAGGUGAACUGAAUAAGAUAAACUGCCUUUUUAACUUUUCAAAAUUGUUCACUUUUAAGGUUUAUCCGGUUUGUGGAAGAUUUUGUUGUCUGUUGCAAAACUUUGUUCUUUUUGAUAAAUGUGUCAACUUAGUAAUACCCUGUCACUUACUCUAUCAUUGUUCUUGGGCAGAAUUCCCAUGAUUAAUGAUUUGCAAGAUAUAUAUGUGCAUUCUUCCUUGGAUAUUCAGUUCUAUUGCCGUUAGAAGGCAGUGCUAUUGCCCUGUAAAUAGGCAGUUAUAUUGCAAUGUCAACGCUUUCCCUGUCCUGUUCCGUAUAUAUACUGCUCAAUAACAAAAGUUAUGGGUCACCCCAAUUUUCAAUAUUAAAGUAUUUUUAAAAUGGUUCAUAUUAUGAUCCGUAUAAUAUUUAAAUAUUGAAUAUUGGGGUUUUCCUUAACUUGUUUGGUUUCCCAUGUAUAUGUGGAAAUAUUGUGUAUCUACCUGUCUUGUGUGGAAACAGUGUAGCUAUAUCCUGUAUACCAUCCAUAUGAGAAAAUAGUGUGGCGCUAUACCCUAUAUAUCAUCCAUAUACGGGAAUAGUUUGUAGCUAUAUCCUUUUCCCAUGUAUAUGUGGAAAUAAUUUGUAUCUACCUGUCUUGUAUGGAAAUAGUGUGUAGCUAUCUGUGACACACUGUCAUCGCAUCCAAUUACGUAGAUCAAUGCUCAUGCUCUUGAUCACUGGAUUCUCUUUCCAGAAACGAUUAUUUACAGACAUGCUGUGUGCAGCAUAAAACUAUACUCGUUCACUCAAGGGACAUUACCUUUAUUGAGCUCAAUGUCACUUAAAUCUUUUUCCCCGUCAGAACAACAAAUUUGAAUGUUCAAUCCAGUCGUCUGUUGUGUUAAGAUUUGCUUUGCAGGUUGUGUUGUCGAACUAUUUUGUUGUUCCCUGCUGUGAUAUGGCUAGAAUGUUGCUCAUUUUUUACCCACUAAUUACGAAUAAACAAUCAAAUUAACAACUUACUUCUUGAUAAACGAGAAUAUCACCAUAUUGUGGUGAAGUGUUGUACGGAUGACAAUCUUUGGAUGAGUUGAGCGUUUUGUUCCUCAUAGACUACAUCAUUGCACUAUCAAGUGUAACUAAUCACCCCAGACACCUAUCGCUGUCCCUGGUCCUUAUCUCCAAUCCAGAACAAUUUAGUCACUUCAGAACACAAAAGUCGUCCCAGGAUACUUAAUCUACCCUCAGUGUGAAGACCCUGGUUCGAAUCCCCAUUUGGGUACAAUGUGUGAAGCUUAUUUCUGGUGUCCCUCACCAUGAAUUUGUUAAAAGUGGCAUAAAAGUCACUCACUGAUCUACCCUCAAACGUCAAAACCAUCUUAGUACAAUAAGACUACCAUGGCCAUCUGAGAAUUAUUAAGCCGUUUUAGGCUAAAGCCAUCCCAGGACAAUUAACCCAAAAUAGAACACUCAAGUCAGGACGAUGGAACUAAAAUCACAUUACAUCAGCAGGAUCAGUUACUCCGGAAAACAAGAAACAAGUCCUAUGUAGAUGUUUAGUUUUUAGAAAAGGUUUGUGAAAAGGUUCCUCUGAGAUCUGAUACCUCCAACUGGAGUUCAGGUGACCUUCCUGCUGAAUUAAUUUGUAUCAAGGCUUCAAAAUUGUGUGAACAAAGCUGAAUUGCGUUUGAAGUCUGAUUAAGAACCUGUACUUAAUUGAUAUAGAUUAAGCAGUGAAUAUUUGCUCUGUGGCAAGGUUUGUAAAAGAUUUGAUUUUGAUGGGAUCAUGUUGAGUAUACUUGUUGAUAAUGGCAGUAACAAAUGCUCACGGUCAUAUUUGUUUGCUUACUUUGAUUGGAUCAGAACAUUAAACUUGGAAAGUCAA